AUCGACUGCAUGCAUAGUGCACUGUAGCGACUGUCUGUGCAAAUUCACCGCUGCUCGUUCAUUUUCAUCGUUGGUGGAACAAUGUCUCACAGAAAAUUCAGUGCCCCCCGUCAUGGAUCCAUGGGAUUCUACCCUAAAAAGAGAUCCCAACGUCAUCGUGGUAAAGUAAAGGCUUUCCCUAAAGAUGACCCAACUAAACCAGUUCACCUUACCGCCUUCAUUGCCUACAAAGCUGGUAUGACCCACGUUGUAAGAGAAGCAGAUCGUCCUGGUUCAAAGGUGAACAAGAAAGAGAUUGUCGAAGCUGUUACAAUCCUUGAAACCCCACCUAUGGUUGUUGUUGGAGUUGUUGGAUAUAUUGAAACACCCCAUGGUCUUCGUGCUUUGACCACUGUCUGGGCUGAGCAUCUCUCAGAAGAUUGUAGAAGAAGAUUUUACAAGAACUGGUAUAAGAGUAAGAAGAAGGCCUUUACUAAGGCUUCCAAAAAAUGGAAGGAUAAUCUUGGUCAAGCUUCAAUUGAAAAAGACUUCAAGAAAAUUAUCAAGUACUGUAAAGUUGUUCGUGUAAUUGCUCAUACCCAAAUGAAGCUUUUGAAACAACGUCAAAAGAAAGCUCAUAUCAUGGAAAUCCAACUCAAUGGUGGAUCCAUUGCAGACAAAGUUAACUGGGCUAAAGAACAUCUUGAAAAGUCCAUUCCUGUCAGUAAUGUCUUUGCCCAAGAUGAGAUGAUUGAUGUGAUUGGUGUCACCAAGGGAAAAGGAUACAAAGGUGUUACUUCGCGUUGGCAUACCAAGAAACUGCCGCGAAAGACGCAUAAGGGUCUUAGGAAAGUUGCCUGUAUUGGUGCUUGGCAUCCAAGCAGAGUAUCUUUCACCGUCGCCCGCGCCGGUCAAAAGGGAUACCAUCACCGUACUGAAAUGAACAAGAAAAUCUACCGAAUUGGUGAGGGAAUCCAUACUAAGGACGGAAAGGUCGUUAAAAAUAAUGCAUCAACUGAGUACGAUCUUACUGAAAAGACCAUUACUCCUAUGGGUGGUUUUCCCCAUUAUGGUGAAGUCAACAAUGACUACAUCAUGAUUAAGGGUUGCUGCAUGGGAACAAAGAAGAGAGUCAUCACUUUGAGAAAGUCGCUUCUUGUCCACACGAAGCGCGCGGCUUUGGAGAAGAUCAAUUUGAAAUUCAUUGACACGAGCUCCAAGUUCGGUCACGGUCGCUUCCAAACUGCUGCCGACAAGGCCUCAUUCAUGGGUCAACUCAAGAAAGAUCGCAUUCGCGAAGAAUUGGCUCAGAGCGCCGCACCUGCUGCUACUACUGCUGCUGCUGCCCCGGCCACUGUAGCUGUUUAA